UCUAAAAGUUAAUUGGGGGUAUCUUAUUAAAAACCGUGUAUGGAGUCUGGAUAGUAGUAGAGAAGGCAAUCUGAGAGUCCGUAACCAUACCAGGAGUUUGUCAAGAAAUGGAUGAUCACCAAACGAUUCUGAGGGACGUGUUUGGCGGAUCAUCAGAGAGCGAAGAAGACGAAGAGCAAAUUCACCAAGUUCAGUCCCAAGAUUUGAACAAUGGAAGUCGAUCUCCGUCAUGGGAACGAAUCAGCCAAAUCAGUGGCUUAUGGCUAUGCACAGACUUUCUAUCUCCAGAGAAACAAUCUUCGCUCAUCUCAGCAAUAGAAAAAAAUGGAUGGUUUACUGAAGCUUCUCAGAAUCAGGCUAUGAGGUUUGGAGAUCUCCCGUCAUGGGCAAUUGAACUAUCUAAUUCAAUUCGUGAGGUGGUUUAUUUUAGUGAUUAUGCUUCUGAAUUUGUGGAAGGAGCAACUUGUAAUGAUGAUAAAUACGCUUGCCUUCUGCCCUCAGAUCUGUUGUGGAGAGAGCCUCUCUUUAAUCAACUAAUUGUAAAUGUAUACCAACCAGGUGAGGGAAUCUGUGCACAUGUUGAUCUUUUGCGUUUUGAUGAUGGAAUUGCAAUUAUCUCCCUAGAAUCGUCCUGUGUGAUGCAUUUCACUCGAGUUGAAAGUGAAGUUGGCAACAAUGGGGAGGAAUCAGAAAAAGAUAAAGCAACAACGAAAAUUCCCGUAUAUUUGACCCCGGGUUCUCUUGUCUUAAUGUGGGGAGAAGCUCGGUACCUCUGGAAGCAUGAAAUAAAUCGCAAGCAAGAAUUUCAGAAAUGGGAAGGACAGGAUAUUGAUCAGAAAAGGAGAACUUCUAUAACGCUGAGGAAGCUUUGCUUGACUGAAUAGUGUUAUUACAUUGCAAAUUCGUGUUGGCAGUGUUUCUGUCUACCUGUCAUGUGUGUGUUGCAGUAUGUGCCAAUUUGGAUGGAGAGUGCAAUGAUGGCAUGCAACAGAGCAGUGACCAAACUCCCCCCAAAUUGGAGGCAGAGAUUGCGUGAUCCCCAUAUUUGAUUUUAAUUUGGCUGCGGAAAUUGAAUUAAAUGAACUGUGUUUUAAUAUAUGAUGUGGGAGAUCAUCAUAUUGGCUAGCUGUGCGUCCUGAUACAUACAAAAAUUUUCAUAGUUAAGAGCCAGGACGGGUGUAACACUAAACUUUACAUAGUGGUAUCGUUGUUAUUGAUUACAGAAGAACAUC